UGAUUAUAGUGGUUGCUAUGGUGACAGUUUAUGUCAACAAACAUUGUUUCUUGUUUUAUAAUCAAUUCAAAUUAAAAAAAAACAAAGAAAUUUGAGCAAGUGAAAAAUAAGAAAGGUUAAUAAACAAUUUAUAUAAUUUGUAAACAAUUGAAAAAUGGAUAAUAAUACAGUUAGUAAUGGAAGAAUACAACAGGGAAAUACAACUGCCCAACGGACAAGGAGUAACAUAACCAAAAAAGUGCCAGAUAUACCAGCAAUAGAAGUGAGAAACUGGCUACUUCACAGACACUACACAAGACAUGAGUAUCAUAUAUGUAAUGCACUAAUUGAAGAAGAACUAAUGAAAUCUAAUGGGAGAAAUGAAUACGCUAAUUAUUUGAAGGGACUCAUUUUAAGGGCAGAUGGAAGGGUCCAGGACGCUUUGGAAUGUUUUCAGAAAUGCCUGGAAAUCAAUUCCACAAAUGUCAAUAAUAAAAAGCAAAUAGCAAAAACUUUAUUUCUUCUUGGCCGUCAUGAGCAAGCAGUGGAAAAUUUUACCGAAGUAAUUGAGAAAAUGAGAAACCCAGAUUGGGAAACUCAUCAUAAUCUGGGAGAAUGUUACAUAAAACUAAAUCAUCCGGAAGACGCAAUAAAGCAUUUGAAGACAGCAAUUGAACUGACAAAGAAUGAAGUACCUUAUUUAACAUUGGCUAAGCUUUACGUCUCACAAAAUCGAAUUACAGAUGCUGUUGGCAUUUACCUAGCAGCUUCCAAAAUUGUUCCCGAAAAUGAAGAAAUAAUAACCGAAUUGGGUCGUCUUUAUUUAGAAUUAGGAGAAACAUCCCGUGCUGUUCAAUAUUUUGAAUCGGCUUUAUUGCAUUCGUUUAGAUUUCCAAAAGCACUUUUACCUUUGGGUUUUCUCAAACAGAUGAAUGAAGAUUAUGAUGCUGCAUUAACUCAUUAUAAAAAUGCUUCACAAUCAAUUCCAGAAUCAUGGUCAGUGUGGAAUAAUAUUGGCAUGUGUUUUUUUGGAAAACAAAAAUACGUUGCGGCAAUUAGUUGUUUGAAAAGAGCUCAUUAUUUAAAUCCAUUGGCAUUGCCACCUGCUUGUAAUUUGGGGACAGUUUUUUUAACAACUGGACAACCAGCGUCUGCAGCUACAUAUUUAUGCGCUGCAGUUUCCGCAAGUCCCAAAAAUGCAAUGCCCUACUUGUUACUUGGACUGGCUUUAAAACAAAUGAACGAUUUGGAAGGAUCUGUUGGUGCAUUGAAAAAAGCACAUUCUUUAUCGCCUCAGGAUCCAUUAGUGCUUAUUAAUUAUGCAGUUGUUUUACAUUUACUUGAUAAAGUAAAGGAGGUGAAAGAUAUUCUCACUGAACUUAAUGACAUAAUGGCUGUUAUCGACGUCGAUUCUCAGAUUACAGGAACCGCGAAAAAAUUGGAAAUUAAAAUACGUGAAGAGACACAUUAUGCAGAGGAGAGGAGAAUUUUAGGAACCGAUGAAGUUUAAAAACUAAGAAAAUAUAUUUAUUAAUAUUAAAAUAUAUAAUUAAAUUCUAUAUAUAAAAAAAAAAUACGAAAACAAAAAUCUGUGCAAUUAAAAAAUUUAUUAACUUAAAUUUUAUUUAUUCUAAAAAUUGCAAUAAAAAAAAGUAAAAAAUAGAAAUUAUUUGC